GAACUAUUUAUGAGCAGACAAUGGCGUCUCUCCUCAACCCUAGUUUUUUCCUUCCUGCGCUGCCGCCCUUCAUCCAUUACAUCUGCUACUCUCCUUGUUUCUCACGGUUUUUCCUUCGAUCUCCCGCCGAAAUGGUUCUUCCCAACGAUAUCGAUCUGCUGAACCCUCCGGCUGAGCUCGAGAAGAGGAGGCACAAGCUCAAGCGCCUCGUGCAGUCUCCAAACUCCUUCUUCAUGGAUGUUAAAUGCCAAGGGUGUUUCAACAUAACCACUGUGUUCAGCCACUCUCAGACAGUCGUGGUGUGUGGCAAUUGCCAGACCGUGCUCUGCCAGCCGACCGGCGGGCGUGCCAGGCUCACAGAGGGCUGCUCCUUCAGACGGAAGGGUGAUUGAACUUAUCUACAAUUUCUCCUUAAUGGUUGAAGAAGUUCACAUGUAAGGUCUGAGCUGUUUCUUUGAAUUUUUGGAUCAUUCGAUGUUAGGUUGGUAAUUUAAAUGUCUUGGGGCUAUUUUCUUGUCUGCCUUUGCUUUUGCUAAAGCUUUGUUGAAAACUCAUUUUUGUCGAUUGCAAUUGUGUCCUGGGAUUAGUUUUGUCAUAAACAAACGGGUAUUUACUCUUAAGAAGAUGAUGAAUUGAGUUAAUUAUCUUUA